GGGGGCACCGGGCGGAGCUGCAGGAGCCGAGCGGGACGCGGCGGUGGCGGUACCAGGCGCGGGCUCCCGGCCGCGGGGAAGGAGCGAGGGACGGCGCGGAGCGGCAGCGGACGGUACAGCAUGUGCACAGAGCUCAAUAACAAAAGACUUGAGACACAUGGAUGUUCUAUGGCAAGUACAUCAGAAGAAGGUGUAACAGUCUGCAAAUUUCAGCUACACUUGAAUUCUUGGUCCCAGGAGAGCCAGGAAACUCAGAAAAGGAAUUAAUUGGAAGAAUAUUGAUCUAGACAUAGAAGAAGUGGAACACGUUCUUCUUAUUCUAAAUAAACAGAUACAUUAAGUAAAACAUCAGCAAACCAAUUCCAGAUCCUGGUGCUUUAUGAAUCUUUGGAGGAUUGUAUUCUUUAGAAAUUGCUAUUGACUUUUUAACUAUCCCAUUUAGUACAUUUUUAAUCUCUUUGUACAUAAAGAUUAAUCUGGACAACUUGAGAUUUGUUAUUGUUUAAUUACAUUAUUGAACAUUAAAAUAUUUGCCAAGAUGAGUGCAGAAGGAUACCAGUACAGAGCUUUAUAUGACUACAAAAAAGAGCGAGAAGACGACAUUGACUUGCACAAAGGGGAUAUAUUAACGGUGAAUAAAGGUACCUUAGUAGCACUUGGAUUUAGUGAUGGGGAAGAAGCAAAGCCUGAGGAAAUUGGUUGGUUGAAUGGCUGUAAUGAAACCACAGGGGAGAAGGGUGACUUUCCAGGAACUUAUGUAGAGUAUAUUGGAAGAAAAAAAAUUUCUCCCCCAACUCCAAAGCCUCGUCCUCCUCGACCCCUUCCUGUAGCACCAAGCUCUGCAAAAGUUGAAACAGACAGUGAACAGCAAGCUUUUACACUUCCAGAUCUUACCGAACAGUUUUUGCCUCCUGACGUUGCUCCACCAAUCCUUAUCAAGAUAGUGGAGGCUAUUGAAAAUAAAGGUCUGGAAUGUUCAACGCUGUACAGAAUACAAGGGUCAAGCAGUAUUGCAGAAUUAAGACAAAUGUUUGAGUGUGAUGCGUCAGUGGAUUUUGAGCAAACUGAUGUACAGAUCUUAUCAGAUGCUCUCAAGAGGUAUCUCCUGGACCUGCCAAAUCCUGUCAUUCCAGCAUCUGUUUACAGUGAAAUGAUUUCAGGAGCUCAAGAAGUUCCGAGCUCAGACGAAUAUGCUCAAUUGCUGAAGAAACUUGUCAGGUCUCCAAAUAUACCUCACCAGUAUUGGCUCACUCUUCAAUAUUUACUCAAGCAUUUCUUCAGACUUUGUCAAACCUCCAGCAAAAGCCUCUUGAAUGCAAGAUCCUUAGCUGAAAUUUUCAGCCCUCUGCUAUUCAAAUUCCAGUUAGGAAGCUCUGAUAAUGCUGAACACUUCAUAAAAAUCCUAGAAGUUUUAAUCACAAGUGAAUGGAAUGAGAGACAGCCUGUACCAGCACUGCCUCCUAAGCCACCAAAACCUAAUACUGUAAUUAACAACGGUAUGAAUAACAACAUGUCUUUACAAGAUGCUGAAUGGUAUUGGGGAGAUAUCUCAAGGGAAGAAGUAAAUGAGAAACUUCGUGACACUGCUGAUGGUACCUUUUUGGUACGAGAUGCUUCUACCAAACAGCAUGGAGACUAUACACUUACACUAAGGAAAGGAGGAAAUAACAAAUUAAUCAAAAUAUUUCACCGAGAUGGAAAGUAUGGCUUUUCUGACCCAUUAACUUUCAACUCUGUGGUUGAGCUAAUAAACCACUACCGGAAUGAGUCGCUAGCCCAGUAUAAUCCUAAACUGGAUGUAAAAUUACUUUAUCCAGUAUCCAAGUACCAGCAGGAUCAAGUUGUGAAGGAAGACAGUAUUGAAGCAGUGGGAAAGAAAUUACAUGAAUAUAACACUCAGUUCCAAGAAAAGAGUCGAGAAUAUGACAGACUCUAUGAAGAUUACACCAGAACAUCUCAGGAAAUACAAAUGAAAAGAACGGCUAUUGAAGCAUUUAAUGAAACAAUAAAAAUAUUUGAAGAACAGUGCCAGACACAAGAAAGAUACAGCAAAGAAUAUAUUGAAAAGUUUAAACGGGAAGGAAAUGAAAAAGAAAUUCAAAGAAUUAUGCACAACUAUGAGAAGCUGAAGUCUCGAAUAAGUGAAAUUGUGGACAGCAGACGUAGACUAGAAGAGGAUUUAAAGAAGCAAGCAGCCGAAUAUAGAGAGAUUGACAAACGUAUGAAUAGCAUUAAACCAGACCUUAUACAGCUGAGAAAGACAAGAGACCAGUAUUUGAUGUGGUUGACUCAAAAAGGUGUUCGGCAAAAGAAAUUAAAUGAAUGGCUGGGCAAUGAAAAUACAGAAGACCAAUACUCUAUGGUGGAAGAUGAUGAAGACUUGCCCCAUCAUGAUGAGAGAACGUGGAAUGUGGGAAAUAUCAACAGAAGCCAAGCUGAAAAUCUUCUGCGGGGAAAACGGGAUGGAACAUUCCUUGUUCGGGAGAGCAGCAAACAGGGCUGCUAUGCCUGCUCUGUUGUGGUGGAUGGAGAAGUAAAGCACUGUGUCAUAAACAAAACCCCCACUGGGUAUGGAUUUGCAGAGCCAUAUAACUUGUACAGCUCACUUAAAGAACUGGUGCUACAUUACCAACACACAUCACUCGUGCAGCACAAUGACUCUCUCAAUGUCACACUAGCCUACCCAGUAUAUGCACAGCAGAGGCGAUGAAGACCUUAAUUCUUUGUUUUAAAACAAAAAAAAACCAACUAUACUGAGGCCUCUGGAGAGAGAAGGUUCCUUUCAGCCUGACUCGUGAAUUUCAGCUGCAGUAUCAAAACUGUCUUGUCUUCUGAUGGGGACUAGAGCUUUCUUAACAACUGCAGUGGGAGAGAUCGCAGUAUUAAGCUGUGAAUGUCAGUUUCUAAUCUAAAGUACUUUUUUUUUUUUUUUUGAGAAAAGGAAAACACGAGAGAGAGAAAUGCUAUACCUAUAUCUCCCUGCAGGGACAUGGAGGCCUUUAACCAUGGUGCUUGUUUACGAUCUCUUUGAAGCUUUACCAGCUAGAAUGUGGGAUUCUGCAGACCCAAGGUGCAACAGGUCUGUGUUAAUUCUGUUAAUGGAAUUUCUCUGUCAUGACAAGUUUCAGAUUUGGUGUUGCUGUACUCAGUGGAUCCAGACACAGAGCAUUGUGGAUUUUCGUUUCCUGAUGAAUGAUAUGUAGCAGAAUGGCACUUUCACUUAUAAGAGACACUUUAAAAAGACUUCGGUUACAGUAUGUUGUUCAGAGGAAAUGAGGUAGUAGCAAAGUGCCAGGAAGUGUUUUGUUCAGACAUUUAAAAUCCCAUGUUAAGAACAUAUUUAAGACUGAAGAACAUGGGACUGUCAAUGGCAUACAGUAUAUAAAAAUGUACAUAACGGAUGACUAACUAUCAUCAGUGGAAACUAUCAAUACCAAACUGCUUCUAUUUUCUCUUUUCUGUUUGCUGAAAGCUGAUUCCUUACACAGUGCUAUGCAAUACUGAAUUUUCUUUUGGUUGUAUUUCUCUUUCAGGUAUACCCACGGGAUAAGCUUUUUUUCUGUUUUGUGUUGCCUGAAAAUGUUUUUCCUGAGUAUUAUUUUUGUUAAUAUUAAUUUUGUUGUUCGGGGAUUUUUGUUUUGUUUUGUUUUUUAAGAAAUGUACAGGAUGCCAGUAAAAGUUGGCUUCAGAAUUAAAACUAUGAACAUUUUACAGUUGUCCUUGUAUAGAAGGUUUAAAGGUUCCUUUUUUUUUUAGACUAAAUAUUUUGUUGGGCAGUGCCUGAUAAGCUUCAAAGCUGCUUUAUUCAAUAAAAAAUAUAUGAGCAUUACAAAGUAUCACUGAGUCUAACAAUAUUGUUUCAAGGAUAACGUUAGAAUAUGGUACCACACUAUAUUUGCUUCUUAAAGCAUUUUGGACUUCUGUCCCGAUUGUCUUUGUAUUUGGAAAAAGAAAAAAAUGUGCAUCCCCUUCGGAGUGUUGCUGUGGAAGAACAAAUGAAAACUGGAUACUAGAAUAGUCAGUUUGGAUUUCAAGCUUAAUCCAUAUAGACUUUUCAUAGUAAAAAAUAAAUCCAGCAUCUUGACCUACCAUAGUAGAUGUUUUGUCAGCAUGUCAAGAUACCUUUCAUUUCAUAUGAAGGCAAUUUAUCUAAAAUGUGUGCUUGUUUUUCUGUGUUACUAGAAAAAGGCCCCUGAGGUUUGUUUGUUGUUUUCUGAUGAAUCAGGUACAAGAUAAAGUAAAUUUAGAUGGUAAAACCUUGCUUUUUAACAUUAGAAUGUCCAUAACUAACUUUUGUUAUUUCAUAAAUUUACUUACUGAAAUAUAAUGUCACCUAAAAGAGCAAAUUUAAAAUUUCAGGUACCAAACAGUUAGAAGAUUUCUGUUAAAUUUAGUUAAAGAAACAAAGGAAGACAGUGUCCUGUUUACCAAAAUUGUAAAGGGUUAUUUACUAUGGGUUUCUGGAAUGGUUAUCCACUCCCAGCAUCAGAUAAAUUCAUGCUGCUAUUUCACAUUUUACAGAUUAAUAGGGCAAUGAUGUCAGAGAAAUCUUGAAGAUUUUUUUAGUCCAGGUGAAGAUUUUAAUUGUUUUUCCCUUGAAGUACAAGUGGAACACCCUUUAUUGUUAAAGAGAGUUAGUUGCAUUCACCAUGGAAGAAAUAAGUCCCAUUGAAUCCCCUGAUUAUCCCCCCUUCUGAAAUUUCUCACUCUUAAAAUGAAGUAUUAAGUACUUUGUUAGGCAAUUAGUUUGCCACCUGUGGUUUAUUUCUAUAUUACCUCUUCAUUUCUGAUGCUGAGAAGUUUUUUUUUUGGGGGGGGGGGGGGGUUGUUUUUCAGGCUGUUGAUUCUCCUUUUCUGUGGAAUAUAUUUUCUCCUACCAGAACCUAAUUUUUUACAUAUCAGGGAGCAAAGCUCAAUCAUCAUUAAUGUAUGAGGACAAUUAUCACUUUCAAAAGCAUGUUGAACUUUUUUCCAGUUACACAAGCCUACAGUGGCAAGUGAGACCAUCUGAAUUUGUUCCCAAUUAUUAUGGUUUUAAGUCAUUAGCAGAGCUCAAAUUUCAAAUUAAUCUGGUAAACAGCAAUUAAGCAACCUUCAUAGUAUAUCAAAAUAUGCUUCUAAGUAUAAACAAAAAUUAAAAUAAUGUGUUAAUCAUAGUGAAGGAAAAAUAUUACAUUUAUUUUCUUUGGGCAAAAUGUGUACAGCCUGAAUUGAAGUGUCACAUUUUCAGGAAGCAUGUAGUGGUUACAAAUCCGGGACCUGACUUUCCCCUGAUUUCCACAGAAGUCAAUGGGCUCAGUUCUCAGCUGGGAUACAUUGUGUUGUUCUACUAUUGCCAUUGGUGAUGCUAGGUCGAUUUACACCACCUGAGGACCUGUGCUUAUCCUGGAGAAAAGCUAGUUUAUGUGAGAAUCAGGGCCCUGGCUUUGCUUGCACAAACAAGGGCAAACAAGCGCAAAGCUGAGAUUUUUUUUCAUUGAGGCAUCUUAAAGUGAAAUUUAGCUUACACAAGGUCUAUGCACUACUUAAAGGUCAUUUAAACCCACAAAAUACGGCUUUAGUUGGUUUCAUGUAGUGCUUAGAUUAUAUGUGGGCUCUCUCCUUAGUGAAUGGUACAGUACUGCAGCUUUGCCAAAAAACAUUUUUUAUUCCUGAGUUUUAUGCCCUUCAUAUAUUGUAUGACCUUGAACUAAGCCAGCUUUAAUAUCUCUGGAAACUCAAACUUCAUAUGAACAUGAAACAAAGGUAUGUGGAUAUAACUGACAAAAUACGGUGCUUUUAAUGUCAUUUCUACUCAGCUGUAAUUUUUGCAUCUACUAUGAUUAAAGUGUUUUGAAUACUUAAGUCUCUGAGUAGCAGCAGUACUUUUUACAAGGCUGCUGAAAGGUAGCUGUAUGCGUGACCAUAAGAAAAGUGAGAGAAAGCAAUUUAUUGUUUCUUUAAACUGAAGCUUUGAUUUGGGGUGUGUUUGUGUGUGUGAAUGAAUCAUAAUCCAGGUGCAUCUUUCACCAAACACCAAUGAAGCACAUGCUCUCACUCAUUUCUUUGUUUAAAAAUAAAUACG